GCCCGCUAGCGCUCGGCACCGCCCCCAAGGGCGCGCGCAGGCGGCGCCGGCGUAGCGCGUGUGGCGCACCACAAGGCGCGCCUGCAUCCUGCGCAUGACGGCCGCGGCACGCGCUGCCGCCGAAAUCAAGAGCGUCGCCCCGCACUCUGACUCUGCGUCGCCAAAUGCCGUCGAGCUCGGCCGUCCAUCCAGCAUACAGGCCGCUCAUUCAGAGCUCGACAUGCUCUGCAGAUGCUGGCUACCAGAGGCUUCCACGCAGCUGGCGCUGUCGCGAAGGUCGUCGCUGGCGCGGUCAGGGAGGGUGCCCUUGGCGCGCCGAUCUCGACGGCCACGAUCGGCUGCGCCAGAGCAAGUCUCGUCCCGCCGUCGCGCCUCGCUCGUCGUUUCUUCGCGCUUCUUCGUGUUCGCUGCAUGGCGCUCGCUCGUCUCUUCCUCAGCGGCCGCGCUCCUCGCCCCGGCUUCGACCCUGCGCAGUCGAGGCUGUCAACGUGCUGAAAGGCUGGCUCGCGGCUCCGGCACGUCGAGAGCCGCGGCGAGAGCCCUCUUCUUGAUUCAUCCGCUAGCGCGCGCACGGCUGGCCGGCCCGGCUGCCGCGUGAAGGUGGAGGGGACAGGCGUGCGAGCAGCGAGAAGGCUCAGCGACCAAUGCCCGACCCUCCAGAGUCACUUUGCCGCCCUCGUCCCCUUGCGAUCGCCACUGUGCCGGCCUCUCGAUAGAUUUGACCCUGACGAGGAGCUGAGCCGCUGUGGGACUGCGUGAGCGAGCGGAGGGAGAGUCUC